AUGGCAUCUACUGUCGGCGACCCAUCUACGACGACCAUCUCCACGAGAUCCUAUUAUCACGUGCUCCAGAUCGAUGGGUACUCAACAAUCUUUGAUACCCUAGCCGAUUUUUCUUGUGUCGAUUCACUCCCGUUCCCCGCAGGAGGCUAUAGAUGGCACAUCAACUUCUACCCCAAGGGAUCCAGCCCAGAAACUGCCGAUUUCAUCGCUUUAUUUCUCCUCCUUGCUGAUCCUGUCGAUGAUGAGGCCGUGACAGCAGACAUAACAUUCAGUCUGCUCAACCCAGACCUGCAGGAUUCAGUGUCGCUCUACCGACGCACCGGCAUCGCGCCGGUUGCCUUCUCCAAAUUGUAUCGGGAGUAUGGGUGCCCUGAUUUUAUCAAAAGGGAAUGCUUCGAGCGGUCCAGUAAGUUCCUAAAAGAUGAUCGUUUCGCCAUUAGGGUAGACGUACACAUUGUGAAGCGAGCGUCGUCAUCCAUGGUGGUUCCACCGUCUGAUCUGCACUGGCAUCUCCAUGGCCUCUUGUCAAGCAAGGAGGGUGCCGACGUCGAGCUGCGAGUCGGCGGGGAGAAGUUCGCAGCGCACCGGCUGGUGCUCGUGGCACGGUCAUCGGUCUUCAAGGCGGAGCUCUUCCACCAAACGGAGGAGGGCAGCACCAGCACCAAUGUCGUCAUACAGAUACGAGACAUGGAGACACGAGUGUUCAGGGCUUUGCUUACUUUCAUAUACACAGACGUAUUGCCAGACAUGGAUCAUCAGGAUGAGUUUGCAAUGACUGGACGUCUGAUUGUUGCGGCGGACAGGUACAACCUGCAAAGGCUGAAACUAAUGUGUGAAGAUAGAUUGUGCAGCCAUAUUGGUACAAGCUCCGUGGCAACUAUAUCUUGGCACUAG